AUGGGUUCUUGUUAAUGUAAAUAGCAAUCAAAAGAAAUAGAAUGCGAUGAACAUCGAUAACCUUAUAAAGACAUCUAUGAAGGUACUCAAGGUUGCUUAAGUGAUUAUGAAUUGAUUCAACCUCCUUUGGGAGAAGGAGCAUUUGGAGUGGUUUGGAAAGCAAAACAUAAAGCCAGCGGGUAAUUUAGAGCAAUAAAGCAAAUAAAUAGCAAACACUCUGAAGAAUAUCAAAAUAUUAUCAAUGAAGUUAACAUAUUGAAAUCGCUUGAUCAUCCAAAUAUAAUUAAGAUUUAUGACUUUUUUGAAACUAAUUAGAAAUUAUACAUAAUAACUGAACUCUGUACAGGUGGGGAAUUAUAUGAUAAAUUAAUGGAGAUUCAUAAUUUUUCAGAAAUUGAUGCUGCAAAGAUAAUGAAACAAAUUUUAUAGGCUUUAGCUUAUUGUCAUAAUCAGGGAAUAGUUCAUAGAGAUAUAAAACCAGAGAAUUUAUUGUAUGAGAGUGAAAAGAAAGAUAGUCAGUUAAAAGUUAUUGAUUUUGGUACUUCAAAAAGAACUACCGGGAAGAAUUUAAGGGAAAUAAUCGGAACAGCUUUCUAUAUGGCACCUGAGAUGUUUUCAGAAUAGUAUAAUGAAAAAUGUGAUAUAUGGUCAGCUGGAGUUGUCCUAUACAUUUUGUUAAGUGGUAGGCCACCUUUUGAUGGUGAAACUGAUGACGACAUCUUUGAAGCAAUAAAAAAGGGAACUUAUUCAUUAUCUUCAUCGUAAUGGUUAAGUGUUUCUCCAGAAGCCAAAUAAUUAAUUCGAAAGAUGCUCGAAUAUCAAGAAUCUAAACGAUAUUCAGCAUAAGAGUGUCUCAAUGAUCCUUGGAUACUCUAAUACACGAAAGAUGAAGUCAAAGCCCCAGUACUCGAAAGUGUCUUAACAAACAUGAAGACAUUUAGAACUACUUAAAGAAUUCAAGAAGCUGCCUACAUGUACAUAAUAAAGCAAUUUACUACCAAGGAGGAGAAAGAAGAAUUGCUUAAGACUUUUUAAAGUUUGGAUAAGAACUCAGAUGGGGUUUUGACAAAGAAGGAAUUAAUUGAGGGUUAUAUUAAGAUAAUGCCUGAAUCAGAAGCCGUUUUACAAGUUGAAUAGAUUAUGCAAGCAGUUGAUAAAAAUCAAUCAGGAAUUAUAGAUUACUCUGAAUUUGUGAUGGCAACUAUCAAUAGAAAAACUGCCUUAACUUAGGAACGAUUAGAAUAAGCAUUUAAAGUCAUCGAUAAAGAUAAUAGUGGAACUAUUACAAUUGAAGAGUUGAAACAAAUGUUUUAGUCUGGAAAUAAACUUCCUUAAGAAACUUGGGAGACUUUGAUGUCAGAAGUGGAUAAAAAUGGAGACGGAUUGCUUUCUCUUAAAGAAUUUAAAGAUAUGAUGCUUCGCUUAAUCUGA